CGAACCACAACACAGCUGGCCAGGGGGCGCUGGCUACCUGCUGUUACCUGACCUUCUGCAGGCUGGUAAUGACACCUGGAGCCCCGCGGUGACCUGCAGGUGCCACGAGUGAUGCAGGGCGCCCCACCCAAACCCCCGCCCACCCCAGCUGGCACCCACUGGCACUAACUCCCCCUCCACUCCCUGUUAUAAGGCACUCCCCCUGUUGUGCCUCCCCGCCCCUCCCUCCACCAGCAUAGAGAGAGGGAAACAAGAGAGGGAGAGAGAGAGACGACCUCAUGAACACAGCGACAGCAUGACCGGAGAACACAGCUCCCUCAACACACCCUCAUGCUAUUCUCAUGCCGCAGCAGCGGCGGCGAGGUGUGCCACCGACCACUAGCCCUAUGUAUGCCCGGCCCACAGCACACCAUGGCUGACAGCAAACCCAUAGUGGCCAAGACUCUGGAGGUGGUGGGUGUCGGGGAGGUGGAGGUGCGGCCCCAGCUGGCAACACUGACGCUUAUCCUCACCGCGUGUAAACAGUCGCUAGAGGAAUGCCGUGCUUCCAUCGACAAGAGGCAGCCCUACGUACAUCACACACUGUACAGUAACCAGGCGCGGCGGGAGGACAUCACGGAGCGGGAGGAGUGCCACAGUAAUGUCUCCCACAUCAUCCUCAACGUCACCAUCAUGGCCACUCUUCCCGCCCAGUUUGUGCAGCCCGUUCUCUCCACGCUGACUGAGAAGCUGAGUGAUGCGGUGGAGGUGGAGAAGGUGGUGUACCAUCACUCGUGGUCUGCAGUGGCGGAGGGGCGGGCGGUGGCAGGGCGGCGUGCGGCUCUAGAGGCAAGGCGCCGUGCCUCCGAGAUGGCAGCAGCGGUGGGAUCUGACGUGGGUCCCUGCCUGACACUGUUUGAGGAAGCCUGUGAUCACCUGGCACUGUCUGAUGACCGCAGCGAGUGGUGUGUGGUGGAGACGCCCUUGAGGCUGCGACACUGCCAUGCCCACGUCCCCACCAUCAUCAAGAGCCGCGUCAAGGCCUGCUUCUCCCUGGCCGGGGGAUUGCCAAAAAUCACUGCCGCAUGAAUCUCUUCACUGCCACAUGCCAGUUAGUAGCCUCGCCUCAACGCUGCCACGGUUUGAGUCUGUUGUCGUUUUGUCACUUCGCCGCGUGUCUCUUGCCUUGUGCCCGUGGGAACUCCUGGCUAGGGAGUUCACAGCUAUGCAUUUAGUGAGGGAGGGUGUGAUAACUAGUAAGCUUUGGUGGAAACACUGCCAUUCCCAGAGUUCAGUACCUGAUGCCCAGCGAGGCAGCACCAGCAGGGGUUGACAGAGCAGCAAGGACAGGAGAGAAUACCAAGAAGGAUAGUUGUGGUAACCUUGUAGUCUUGUGUGGGGAAGAGGGAGUUAAAUUUUACUUUGCACCAUCAUCUUUAGCACAGUGGUGUCGUUUGUGGUCACUGUAGAGCGUUAGGGUUCGUCACACACACACUCACACCUUCACUUGGCUGAGUAUCUUAGCAUCUUCUUGGUGUUCUUGAUGUUGUGUUGUUUGGUCACCAGUCUUUAGGAUCAGGAAGAUUUGAGCACCUUUUACCCCCAUCUCACUAUAUGGAGUUUCAGUCUUUGUGAACAGCAAUGCAAAAAGAACCCAUUAACCCAAAGAACCCAGUAAGCCACUCUAGCAUCCGUGCCAGCUCUGUCAAGCUUCAGGCAGCCCAGAACUUUGAGUAGGAUGCAUGAAUUCAACUGCUACUGUAGGCUAAUGAUAAUUUGCCAUAAUGAUUUGCCUCUAUGUACCUGGAGCUUAUGUGGCCUCUUCUCUGCUGUAGCAAACUGAAGCUUUACCAAAUCACGUGUAGAGGCUUUGCAAGGACUGAAGCUUUCCAUGCCUUCCCCUCGACACUGCCAGCGAGUCACUCCGUCAGUCAUCCAUUCCUCACCUGCUGACUGGCUUGUUCAGGUGAAGCAGUGUGCAGGUGGGCUGCAGCGCCACUCACUGUUGCUACCUGUCCUGGCGUGUCUCUCGGCUCUCCUCUGUGUUGAUCCCAUCCAACAGAAGUCUACCCUUGAUCACUUAACACAGACUGAUUGCCUCAGUGAUGAAGGUCGCCAACACAAUUUGAUGAAGAGUUGCCUCCGUGUUAAGUUGUGUCUGACCCUGUUUGUCAUGAGAGGUGGUCUGUGUGGUGUGUUUCUUGGGGAGGGUUCUUUGCGGUGGAGGCUGUGGGUGACUGUGGCUGCCACAGCACAGGGCAGGAGGGGACGUCUGGGACGGGGAGGGAGGAGGGCGCCAGGAUCACACACUCCAAAAUCAGACACAAGAACGGAUAAUGUAUUUCAUAAAUACUUCUUUACAUUAAAAUAACACGGUGAGGACUCAGGAUACCAUACAAUGCUGAACUAAACAUCACAGUGGUAAUGUCAACACAUCUCUGGGAAGCUAAAGUCAUACACACAUGUGUGAUUGGAACAGAGUACAUGCGUACAUACAGACAGUCACCACACACGCUACAAAUGUUGCUACUAAAAUCAAUAAAAAAAGGUUCUCAAAAAUAAAUAUAUUUAUUUAACAUAAUAGAAGGUGAAUCAAACAGGCUAGGGCACUGCACACUAGUGAGUGCAGGCAUACACACACACACACACACUCACUCACACACACACACACACACACACUCAUACAUACAUACAUACACACAGACUCUUACAGGACACACCAAGAGAUUAUGUACACGACUACUUGGUCAAAACUGCCCAGAAUUCCUUACAAAUAUAGAGAUUUAUGACAUAACUGAUGUGUGUUGGUGAAGCAAGUCUGUGCCAAGGUCGGUCGGCCCCACCAGUCUUUGCCUGCCAGUCCCACAAGGGUUGGAGGGAGAGAUUAUUAUUAUAUCAUAGUAUAUCAUAUUAUUAUUAUAUCAUAGUAUAUACUUAUGGCAGUGACAAAUCACAUCUACAUCAAAGAAAUACGCUGAAGAAAGCUUUAAAUAUUAUUAGAGAGAUUAAUGUAUAUGUCUUGUGUCUAGUCUACCAUAAAAGAGGAUUGUGUUAUG